AUGGACACCCUUGAUCUUUUCAGAUAUUCACAAAGGAGAGGAACAGGGCAGAAUUGGGGAACUGAGAGGACACAACGAGAGGAAGAAUCCAGACACAUAAAGAUCAUCUCAUUUGAAAAAGAGAGCACAGAUUUAUUGGAUUAUUAGAUUGGAUUGGAACUGAAAUAACUUAAUCUGCAAUCAAAUCUUUCACACUUAAAUGCAUAUUGUCGUCAUUGGGCAUCUCUGUAGGCCUAAUUGCAUGAACGACAUAAUGUCAAGCAUGGGUUUGUUAGUGGUGAAAUGCAUGCUGCUGUGUGCAUUGAUGCAUGGAGCGGUGUGUGCCUGUAUGCUGAAGAAUCACACCAUAUGGAUUGAGAGGCACGACUGUGGCCAGUGUGUGGCCAUCAACACUACCAUCUGCAGCGGCUACUGUUACACACAGGACACCAAUUUGAGGGGACGGCUUGGGAGGAGUUUCCUGAUCCAGCGCAGCUGUGUGCCUCUGUCCUUGGUGUACCGAGCUGCCCAUGUGCCAGGCUGCCCUCAGGAUGUCAGCCCUCAGCUGUUUUAUCCUGCGGCCAACCGCUGCAGCUGCAGGCGCUGCAACACGCGCACACAUCACUGGUGCUCGCAACAGCCGGAUCCCUAA